CGAGCAUUGCGUCAGUGUGUUGCGGAGUUCUUUGUAGUUUCGCGCAGCUGCUGCACUUACGGCGAAUGGCGCUUGUCUUUGUUAGUUUAGGACUAUUUAAACUGCUGUGAAUUCGUCGGACACUGCUGCUAUACAGUUUGGGAGAUAGUGACUUUACAUCAUCAAGAUUGAAUAAUGCAGGAACAGCUGAUUUCAAGCCCUGUGUCUGAAGACCUUCCUUCCACCCCGACAUCUGACGGGACGUCCAAGCGUCUGUCCUGGAGCAGGCUGCUUCAGAAGAUCCACAGCAGUCAGAGUCUGGACUCGGAUUCAGACCAUCACAGCAGCAUCGAUGACGCGUCUGAUACAGGCUCCAUAUCCCUGUCCGAAUCUGACCUGUUCUUUGACCCCACGGAGGAGGCGCUGUGUAAAGAAGUGGUCCAGCUCAUCUCCGAGAACCUGACCGACGCUAAAGACGGCGUAUUGCACUGCUCCAAACUUCUCAUCCCCGAGAAACUCCUGGAGCACAUCGGACAGGAGCUGGUCCAUCUGUCCGCCAGCGAGCCCUGCGGCCUCCGGGGGGCGCUCAUCGACCUCUGCGUGGAGCAGGGGGGCAGUUGCGAGGCCGUGGGGCAGAUAGCGGUGGACCCUUGCCUGGUGCCUACCUUUCAUCUGACUCUGGUGCUCCGGCUGGACUCCAAGGGUCUCUGGCCUAAAAUCCAGGGGCUCUUCACGGGCAGAUCUCCAGCCUCACCGGUGGUCAGACAUGCACUUAAACUGAGCACUGGAUUUCGAGUCAUCAAAAGAAAACUGUACAGCUCUGAAGAACUUCUCAUUGAAGAAUGUUAAGACUGACCGUCCCUUGUGGACGAUAUUAGUUUUUUAAAUUGUAAAAUCUCUGUAACGCUUUGGUUCUUUCUCAUGAGGGGACUGAAGUUGCAAUGUCGUGUGACCGUUGAAAGCAGUAAGAUAUGAAAGUAUGCUAGCAGGACAUUUUAAAUGCAGCUAUAGGGUACAUAUGAAAGGACUAAAAAAGACUAUGUAAUCAAGUGUGUGGUGUGUUCGUUACUUGUUGAGGGAUACAGAUGUUGCACGAUUUUGGGGUUAUUUUUGGAAACGUUUACCUCAGGUUUAUGGAAACCAGAUGUGGCAGCUAUUUUACAUGCAGUCGUGUAGCAAACGUCAUGUGUGUGUUCACAGAUAUAUUCAACAAUGUGUCUGAAUGUGACCACAUGCCCUUUUUUUAUGCAUAUUCCAUGCAUCAUAUUUAUUUGAUAUUCAAAUACAACGUGUACCUUUUUGUACUUCUCAUUUAAAGAAAUGCAGAAAAUAAAUUAUUUUUUGAAGAUC